CGUUUCCCACCGUCCAGACAGAUUAUCUUAUCCAUGUAUUUCCGAGGCAGGAAACAAAGAUAUGGCUAAUCUUAAAAAGAGACACAGUGAUGAUGGCAGGAGCUGAGAGCUUUUUGGGGACCAUUAGAGACGAGACGCAGUUUAAACAGAUAAAACCACCACAAGUACCACGGCCAGGACCCGCCUCGAGGCUGUUUACUCUGUAUCAUGAUAGGAAAUGUAGACUUUUCUGUGCUGUUUACUCUGGGUUUUCACUGCCGAGAACGGUAAAUGGAAAUAGUCGGACAUUUAACGACUAAAAUAAGUGGUUGAAAAUGACCAAUGAAUGAUGAGAAAAGGAUAAAUAGAGAAUACAGAGAGAGAGAGAGAGGCAGAGAGAGAGAGAGAGAGAAAGAGAGAGAGAGAGAGAGAGACGUCACUAAACGGGAGAGGUCAACGUCUUAGCUGAUCCAGCUCUUUCUGUAUUCAGCCAACCAAACAGGAUCGACCUCUCUCUCUCACUCACUCUCUCUCUCUCUCUCUCUCUCUCUGUCGCUCUGUCUGUCUCUCAGCCCUGCGGACUCAGACAGAGGGAUGUCACAGCUCAGAGAAAGACAGUCCUCCUCGGUCUGCAUGACAAACCAGCCCGGCGCGACCAUUCUUCACUUUUACGCACAGAAUAUUCUAUUACGCACGAGUCUCUGGCUUCUUGCACACACACAGGCCCGAGACACGUCGGUCCGAUUUUGGAGCCGUAACUCUCCGAUCAAUCGGUUACCUCCCCGCUGAUGGUGAUAAUGCUCCCCAGUCCGGUCCUGACUUCCUCCACCACGCCUUUUUCUGUAAAGGACAUUCUGAAGUUAGAGCUGCAGCAACAAUCCCAGCAGCACCAGCUCCAGUUCAUCUCCUGCUUCGGUCUCUCCGGUGCUGCGCCGUCGCAGUCAGACGCAGCCCGGCCGAACAAGACCAGCCGUACGCACUCGCCUCCCUCCUGCAUGCUGGCAGGCAGGGACAGUCCUAGUCCUCUCAGCUCCGGGCUCUCAGAGACCCAGGACAGGAUGUCCUACCUCAGCGCCAUGACGGUACCGGAGCGGCUGGCGGGCUCCGGUUUGCCCGUGGAAAUGUUCGGCAUCCCGGCGCACACCCAGUCCGUGGAACUGAGGCUGGAGAGUGAGCAGGAGGAGCAGGACAACAUCUGCGGUGUUUUGCGCAACAACUGCGAGGAUACAGACUCGGACAAACCCGCCGCCAAGCAGCAGAGAACCAGGCGGAAACCGCGCGUCCUCUUCUCCCAGGCUCAGGUGUUCGAGCUGGAGCGACGCUUCAAGCAGCAGCGCUACCUGUCCGCCCCGGAGAGAGAGCACCUGGCCAGCUCCCUGAAGCUCACCUCCACCCAGGUCAAGAUCUGGUUCCAGAACAGGAGGUACAAAUGUAAGAGGCAGCGGCAGGAUAAGACUCUGGAGAUGGCGGGACAUCACCACCACCACCACCAUCAUCAUCCUCCCCCGCCGCCCAGGAGGGUGGCCGUGCCGGUGCUGGUGCGGGACGGCCGGCCCUGUCUCACUGGAUCCCAGAACUAUAACUCCUCUUACACAGUGGGUGCUCCAAACCCGUACAGCUACACGUAUCCACCCUACAGCUACAACAGCUCGGUGUACACCAACACCUACUCCUGUACUUACUCCGCUUUACCCGCUCUGCCGCCCAGCUCCACCACAGCGAACGCCUUUGUGAACAUGAAUUUGGGGAACUUUGGCGCACAGGCGCAGAGCCAGGCUCCCCAAGGACCGGUGGUCGCACCCUGUCAGGGAACUCUGCAGGGCAUUCGAGCCUGGUGACUUGAUACGUGGGCAGAAACGCAACUGGGGGAUAUUUUUCCGGUUUGGAUGACUGGAUCCAAGUAUGCAAUUCCAAAACAAUUUGGUGCAAAGAGUGAACGAUUCACUGAACAUCUCCAGGAGGCGCAAACUGCUGCUGUGAUCUAACGGACAGGAACCGACAGAGUCAAAUCCCGUUUUGUCCCUUUACUCUGAGCCACACAGAUGUAGGAAACACACUGCAAACCUGCUGUUUAGUAUUUGACUGCGUUGACUGUUGUCGCUGGGCAGAGACUGAUUGACCUGUUGUUCAUGUGCGACAGACAAUAAAGUGCGUUUUGGACAA